AUGGACGUGAUCGAGCUCCUUCAGUUUUGGAUCAUUCCGUCCUUUUACGCCAUCACGGUGGUUCUCGGCGUCCCACUGAAUGCACUCGCUCUGUGGGUGCUCAGCCGUGAGAAGAAGUCAUCCAUGUCCAUCUACAUGCUCAAUCUGGCCGCGGGGGACUUGCUCUUCCUGCUCUUUCUACCGAUAAAAAUUGACUAUCACUUUAGACAAAAAGUAUGGAUUUUGUCACGACAUACAUGCGUUUUUCAUAUCAUGUUAUUCUUCAUAAAUAUCUAUGCCAACCUCAUACUGUUGGCGGUGAUAAGCGUGGACAGGUAUGUGGCAAUUGUGCAUCCACUGCGGAUCUCGCGCCUGCGUCAACCUAAGGUAGCGUGGCUCCUCUGCCUGCUGUGCUGGGUCAUCAGUAUGAUUAAUAUUCUGCCUGUGACCCACGUAAAUAAUUUUCUUAGCUACGACAAUGUCACUACGAACAAUGUCAGUUUAUUGAUUGUUCAGUGCUAUGAAAAAUUAACUGCAGAAGAUUUCGCAUUCGUGAUAGCUUACAGGCUUUAUGUGUUCUUUGCUAUCUACCUCACAUCCCUGGUCAUAGCGUUGUUUUGCUAUGGAAAUGUCGUGAGAGUACUGGUCAUGCAAAGAGGGCAGACAGAACUGUUAAGCAGGAAAAAGAAGAUUCAUGCUGUUAAAAUAACAAGUGUGAGCUUAAUCACAUAUAUUGUGUGCUUCAUUCCUUACAACUCAACACAUAUAACAGGCUUCAUACAAACUAAAAUCAAUGCAUUUUCUCCGAAUAGUCUGAUAAUAUUUCGAGAUGUAGCACUUUGCCUGAGCGCGUCAAACAGCCUCUUUGAUCCACUUAUCAUCUAUGUGGCCUCUUCUUCAUUUCGUAAUUCUAUAAAAAAGAUUUUAAAAUGCAGGGACCCUGUCUCAAGGGUGGCAGCCAUGACCGAAUAG